AUGGGCUCGAAUUCUAAGAGAUCCAGCGGGCCGAUGCUUCGGUCGCUUUCUCCCCGAGGCCGAUUCCCGUCGUACAACUCCGCCAGUCAUCUCUCGUCUUCCUCGUCCUCAUCGGCGUUCGCGUCUUCCACGAGCUCGAGCUUUUACUCUCCGUCAUCCACAUCUCCCAAUCGCAACAUAGCGACGAAGCACACCAAUCACAUCUCCAGCCUCCCCGCGAGGAGGACGUGUAUGUGCUCUUCGACCUCGUAUCCCGGAUCGUUACGUUGCAGUAUCCACAAGAACAACCACCAGAACGGCCACACCGGAGGGAGCUCAUUCAUGCCGAACAGGCUGAACAUGAGGAGCUACGCAAUGACGAAUUCGCUGGUGAGGAUCGGCGGGGUGGAAGGAGACUGGGUGAAGAGAGCGCUGUCGCUUUUGAUUCGACCGUCGUCGCGCAAAGGGUUCAUACUCAGAUUCCACGCCUUUGUAAGGCUCGUGGAGUUUGAGGGUAUUAAUACAUGGCAAACAACCCUGCUCUCUUGA